AUGUUAAAUUAGACAGCAACUGAGACAGAGCUCGAAUCAGAACUUCAGCCUUAACUCAAGGAUUAAUUACCCAAUAAGUCUUCAUUUGCUAACAGAAAAGUCAGCGUUCCUCUUUUUCUUCAUGAUUAGUAAAACAAUAACGGAAACGGUGUAUAUGAAAAGUAAACUAGAAAUUCUAUAUUAAAAGAUUAUGAACCCUCGAAUCUUGAAUUCAACUAUGAGUUUUAAGAGGAUUUGAUUGUAGAUCCAGCUUAAUCUAGAAUAUCAACAGCUCAUGAGGAAAAAACCUAUUAUGACAACGAUGAAACUCCAAUUAGAAAAGAGAGGGAUGUAUACAAAGGAAAGCUGAUAAAUAAAGUUUUGCCAAAAAAUGGGAUCUUAAAGGAUAAGAUGAGUAUUAUAAAGAAUCUUGAGAUUACAAAGCAAAACAUAAAUAAUGAAACCAACAGGUAGUUCUUGCAUAUUCCUACAACUCAAAAUAAAUAGUAAGAAAAAGUACAGGAUCAAUAAGCUGCUAUUCUUUAAACUAUAAUAGAUGAAAAUCAAAAGGAUUCUAAGAAGAGGGACAAAACUCAAAGACCGUAGAGGUUUGUUUAUUUGAUUGAAGAUGGCUCAGAUCUGAGUACUUGCUAGAUGCUUAAAGUUGAUGUGAAUAAGUAUCUGGAUAAAUAUGAUUUUAGUAAUCAGGAAAAGAAUAUCGACAGACUCUAAAAAUAUCAUCUUACACUAAAGCAAUCUGACUUUGAACGAAGAGGGUUUCUAGAAAUGUUACAUUUUGCCUCAACAAGGCUAAAAAGUAAUAAGUAUCAGCAAGAAGAUAGUGAAAUCACAAUGCAUAAGGAUUAAUUUACUCACCUUUUCACCAUAAACGGAGAAGAGUUGAAUAAUCUGAUUGAAAUACCUGAAGAUGUAAAGGUUUGUGUAUGUAGUACAACUAAGCACUUUAAAGGUAUCAUAAAUAGCAGGAAGUUAGUGUCAUUUAAAAACUAUAAAGCAUAUAAAGACUAGAAUAUCAAGAAUCAUCUUUAUCAUAAAACUUAUGAGUGGAUCAAAGAUAAAAUGCUUGAUUGGAAUAAGGAUAACAGUAAAAUAGAUAAUGAUAAUAAACUGCUUGAUCUAAAUAAGUAUAAUUAGGCAGCAUCAGCUUAUGGAUAUUCAACAAUUCUUGAGGGGAAUAAAAAUGAUAGAUUCUUAAUUGAUAAAGUCAAUUUAAACACUACAUUUUAAGACAAGAAUAAUUUCUCUAAUUAUGGAUUGCAAAAUGUCAUGAAAACCAGAGACACUCACAUACACAAGGAAGACAAAGUAUUAGGCUAAAAUUUUAGAUCUCGCUCAGUACAAAAGAAUGAGCGCAAUCAAUCAAAAACUCUAAAAGAAAUUAAGCUUGAAAAUGAGUAGAACAAGCUAAUUAAGAACUUCAGCUCUCAUGUCUCUCAGUAAAACUUAAAUUCUAAUAGAAAAAGAAAUUUGGAAUUCGCCUAGAAUUAAACUUAUCAAAACGCUUCUAUAAGUCCAAAAAGAAAUGGAUAAGAGAUCUAGGAUAUGAAAAAUCAGAUGAGUGAAGACAACAUCAGCAGGAGGAACCUGCCUUAUAUCAAGUUUGUAGGAAAUGCUAGGAGACAGAUGAUGUCGCUGCAACCUGAUAAAAUAGAUCAAAUUAAAAGAGAUAAGAAGACUUUUCCAGAUAGGAAUUAGAUAGAUGGGGAAGGUAUAACCAUAAUUAAAAGGCCACCCAACAGAAUAAAGAAUAAGAAAAUUAUUGAUAAACCAUAUAAUGGGGAAUCAGAUGAUUAGAAUGACUCUGAAAAAUAGGACUAGUAUGAUGAAGAUUUUCAUUUUGGAGAUUCAGUAGGUCGUCCUUAUGCUAAUUCAUUUUUCAGUGGAACUAAAACAAACAGACUAGAGAUUUAGUAGUAUCAUCUAUAACAGUAAAACAGAAUAAUGUAUAAUGCAGAUGGAAACUCAUCUAAAAAGGAGUUUAGUUUUAAGUCUAGAACGAGAGAUCAUCUAAAUCCACCUUAGUUUAAAAGCUCAAGUAAUAAUCUUUUAAUAAAUUAAGCAAACAAUAUUUAAAAUGAAAGGAAGCCGUCUCAAUCUUUAAUAACUAAUUCUAAGACUAACAUAACUUAGAAUACAAUGAACUACCGAAAAAAGGCAAGAGAAAUUCAGUAUGAAUAGAUCAAGAAAUUUGCGGAGGAAUUUAAUGUGGAGGAGUAAUAGAUAUAUUCAUUGCUAAGUGAAUAUAAGAGCUUGUACAAGAUUAAUAAACAAAAUUAAGAAGACCAGAUUGAAAAUCUAGUGAAGAAGGGGGCAGCAAAUAUUAGUAAGAGAGUAAAAGAGAAUAAGAUCAAGAGAGAUGUCAACGAUAACUUGCUUAUAGUUGCUGAUGAAUCUGGUAUGAGCUAAUUGAAUGGAAGAAGUUUGUAAGACUCAUAGCAGGUACCACUCCAGACAUAUAUGAAGUACUCUGUUUUCAAAAGACUUUUACACCCUGAUGUCUUAGAUCGGAUCUUGCAGGCUUUUGGUGUUGAUACAGAGAGUAAGAAUGCAACGAUAUCUCAAAGGCAGUUUAUUGGCUUGAAUUGUUUCCUUAGAUAUCAAUCGAUGCCAAGACAAGUGAUUGUGAAGAUAUGGAUAAAGAUACUUGAUCCACUUGGAUUAGGGAAAAUCUAGAAAGAAGCUUACAAGAUAUUCUUUGAAAAAUUAGCUAGAGGAAAGCUUACAUUGAUUUCAACAAUUAUAAGCAGUGCUUUUGCUGAGUAAUUAACCUAGUAUCUUGAAUAAAACGGAUGUUUGCAUCCAGACACAAAAGAAAUAAUAAUGUCUAAAAUGGCUUAAAAAUUAUACGACAGUGAAAUAGAAAUUGAAAUCUUAAGUUAAACUCUCAGAAAUAUAGCAGAUCUCAAUAUUCCAGAUUCUAAACCAAUAACUGACUUUAAAUUUAUGGGGGAACUCUUGAAUGAUAUUCAGCAGUAAAAAUCAAACUAUGAGACAAAUUAAUGA